CCUCUCAUCUCAUCUCUCCCUCAGCUCCCCGACGCAAUUUGGGACGAACUGAACAGGGGGGAAGACAAACCAUUUCCUGCAGCUUCGCUUGGUGCCCCAACUGAAGACAGUCCGUUUGAAAGCCGAGAAGCUACCUGCCCUGUCCUGCCCUGCGAGAAGAGAAGAGAGGAGAAGCGAGGGGUUAGCUGAAGGCUACUGUAGGCUACAAUACGCCGUGGUGGACCGCUGGCUUCAAAGCGAAAGUUAACUUCCUAAAGAGCGCGCCCGCCCGCACGCGCGAGAGAAAUAGAGAGGGAGCGCGAGCAGGAGGAAGUUCAAAGGGAGUUCUAAGUUCUAUUUGUGUGUCGCGAGUAUUGGAGGCUGCUGAGAUGUCCAUGCGGACCGCAACAGGCAUGUCAUGACGGACAGAACAGAUGUGCGAGAGAGCAGCUCUUAUAUGCGAUGGCUGAGGAUGUCAUGUGAGUCGGAGUCUCGAGCGUCAUCAUGCGUCUUCCAGACGGCCGAGGAACGAGACGAGAUCCCAGGCAUGGGAGACGACAGUGUUCUAGAGAUGUUGAGCUACUCCAAGUUCUCUGAUCUGGAGGCGUGGCUCUGCAUGCCCUCAACGCUGUUUCCAAGGACACAGUCGUCAUGGACCCUGUCACCACUCACCAGCGACGGAGAAGGAGAGGGGGACACCCAGCCAGACAACAGGUCAUGUGACAAGAGCUCUGCCAAUCAGGCCCAUCUCUCAGAGAGGAGUAGCCCCUCCCCUCCCUCUCCCACCUCCUCUCUCCUCUCUCCUCCCUCAUCUCUCCUCUCUCCCUCCUCCUCUCUCCUCUCUCCCCCCUCUCCCAUUUCUCCUUCCACAAGAAUGUCUCCCCUCACCUCGACUCCUGCUACCUCCUCCUCCUCUUCCUCUUCAUCAUCAUCUACACUCAACUCCACUACUACUGCCCUCGCCUCCUCCCUCCUCUCCUCCUCCUCUACUACCUCUUCCUCCUCCACUCCCCUCCUCUCUUCCUCCCUGCUCUCCUCCUCCACUCCCCUCCUCUCCUCCUCCCUGCUCUCCUCCUCCACUCCUCCCCUCACCUCCUCCUCAAGGGGGAGUGGGCGGAAGAGGAGACGAUUAGCUGCCAGCCCUGGAGGUCUGCAUUGGGACGCAUCAGGUGCCGUACUGAGAGACUAUGAGCGUUCUGAUGGAGGGCGGAGUGGGGGUGGAGUUCGAAUCGUCGUGGGAACAGCUAACCACUCCCACUUGUCGUCCUCCUCCUCUCCCUCCUCUCCUCCAUUCAUCUAUCGCUCCUCUCCUCCCUCCUCUCCUCCAUGUGUGUACUCCUCCACCUCCACCUCCUCCUCCGGAGCUCCAGGAGUAGAGGCUGGUGUCAGGACUAACCUGCCUGUCCGGAAGGCUCUCUCUGUGGACGACUCUCUGCUGCUCUGCCCCCCUCAUCACCCACACCAACGGAUACUCACACGCCUGGACAAGGGACGCAAGAAACUCAGAAACAUACAUAGUCUUGGGUCGACGGGGCGAUACGAACCUCGCAAGAAGUCGGACAGUAAGAUCCAGCGUUUGGCCCAGCGUCUGAAUCGCCAUGGUGACGGAGCGCUGAUUCGGGAAUUCCGCCCGCUGCUCUUCCUGCCUGGAACGCCGGGAACAUCCCAAAGCCUAGACAGGGGUCUGUCGGCGAGCAGCAUGACGCAGCAGAUGCAGAGCCUGCAGCUGACCCAGGGGGGGCGGAGUCGAGUUGGCCCUGCCUCCCCCAGCGCGGCAAAGCGCCUCUACAGGAACCUAUCAGAGAAGCUGAAAGGAGGACACGCCUCUUUUGAGGACGGAGGGUACUUCUUUGGACGCUCGCGCAAGGCCUCGACUCUACAGAGUUCUGAGGUGUUGUUUGACGCGGUGGAGCAGCAGGAUCUGGACGCUGUGCAGAUGCUCUUGUACCAGUACACAGCUGAGGAGCUGGACAUGAACACCCCCACCAGCGAAGGGUUAACUCCGCUCGACGUGGCCCUGAUGACCAACAACGCACCCAUCGCACGACUGCUGAUACGCGCAGGAGCCAAGGAGAGCCCACACUUCACCAGCCUGGAGAGCAGAGAGGCACACCUCAACACCUUAGUGGAGGAGGCCGACAGGCGGGCGGGCGAGCUGGCCAAUCAGGUGAUGCGAGAGACGUUGACCUUGGACUCUAGCGAUAAGGACAAGCAGCUGAAGGCCUGGGAGUGGCGCUGCAGGCUCUACAAGCGCAUGAGGACCGGCUUCCAGCACUCACGCGCCCCCGACGCUCCGGUUGACGUGCGGCUGAGUGUCACCAGUAGCUCCUCCCUCACGGUCACCUUCCAGGAGCCCAGCGGACUAAACAGCGCCGUCGUCACCAAGUACAGAGUGGAGUGGAGCUGCCUGAAGGACUUCUCCCAUCUGGCCGGCGAGAUGCUGCUGGAGAACCUGCAGACGCUGAAGUGCACCAUCACCGGCCUCACUACAGGCCGGAUGUACUAUGUCCAGGUGUGUGCCUACAACAUGAAAGGCUGGGGGCCCCCACAGCAGUCAACCCCUCCCUCUGCAGCUCCCUCAAAUUGGAAGGACGUUGAUGGUCGGGAGGCGAGGAGGCGUGGCCACAUCGAGGCGAUGGAGCGACUACUCCAACAGGUCCGAGCCACACACCAGCAAUACAGCUGCCCAGACCCGUCUAAGCUCCAGAAUUGUCGUAAGCAGUCGGUUUCCAGAAGUUUGAAGCAUCUCUUUGCUUCCUCGUCCAAGUUCGUCAAGACACUCAAGAGGGGGAUAUACGUAGCAGCAGUGUUCUACCAUCGUGACAGUGUGUGUGUGACGGGUGAAGACCACAUCCCCAUCGUAGAGGUGGACGACUCCUACAGCAGCUCAUUCAUGCAAGACUUCCUCUGGUUCACCAAGCUCUCCUGUAUGUGGGAUGAUGUGCGGUGGUUAAGGCAGAGUAUGGCUGUCUCCUCCUCAUCCUCCACGACACUACAGGCAAGGCAGAAGAUACUCAACGCAGUCGGACAACUACAGAAUCUCCUUGGUACCCAUAAUCUGGGUCGUGUGCACUACGAGCCCAUUAAGGAUCGUCAUGGUAACCUGUUGUUGUUGUCGGUGCGUGAGGCUGAGGGAAGCUUCUCCUUCCUGAGCAGCAAGUGGCUCCAGGUCUCCAAGCUGCAGAGCCAACGCAAGUCACUCUCCACACCUGAGGAACCGUACGCACUGGAUAUACUGCUGAUUACAUUACAGGACAUUGUGGCGUACCACAGGCGUAGUGUCCAGCGCUUGUCUCCUGGUCUGUACCUGGGAUACCUGAAGCUGAGCAGUUCUGUUGACCAGAUCAGAGUCCUUGUGCCCCAGAGAACGCCCAACAUGUUGUGCCACACACGACUACGGGACAACAGUAACGUCUCCAGGGAAGAGUGGGAAUGGCUGCAGAGUUUAUCAGGGGCGGAGUUAGAUAAGCCUGAUGAUGCAGUGGAUAACUCCUCCCCCUCAGGGAGGCCCAUCCCCCUGCAACAGGAGCUGCAGACGGGCAUUCGGAGUCUACUCAGACAGAUCAACAUCCCACUCACUCAGGCGCAGCAGUUCCGUGUGUAUAGUCAGGAGGUGUUGGAGCUGGGCCAUGGUGUGUGUUUCCUGCUGCUGUUGCCUAGCAGCGAGAGUGUGUGUUCGGCCCCGGGACAGGCCAACCCAUACACACCUCUAUCAGGCUUCCUCAACCUGCCGCUUCAGAUGUUCGAACUGGUCCACUUCUGUACGUAUAAGGAGCGCUUCAUCAGUCUCUACUGCCGCCUCUCCUCCGUGUUGGAGCUCGACGCCCUGAUUACCCAACAGGCAUUGCGGGAGGCCAUCACCGACCCGGAACUCACUAUCGCUAAGCAACGGCACCAGCACAUCACAGACUUUAUACAGCAUAUGGAUGAGAUCUGGCGUGACGUGCGCUGGCUAACGGAUGCUCUGCAGUAUGCGCGCUACAAGCAGCCGGGGGGCGGAGUCUCCAUAAGCAACCUCUUGCUAUUGGAUGGCUCAGAGGAAGCUACAAGCCUAUUGGAUGGUGCAGAGGAAGGCACCGCCCACAAGAGUGACUCCACCUCCUCCAAUACGGACUACGUGACCACGCCCUCGCCCUCGCCAAAACCACGACGCAGAAAAGCUACCAGCGAUUUCCAGACUGGUUCUGACGAGGAGGAGGGCUGUUCGGAGGUUUUCCUGCCGACAGACAGCGACUACGACUCCAGCGAAGCACUGAGUCCCAGAGACACCGACACACACACGCACACGCACACACACACUCGCACUCACACCCUCUUCUCAUCGGCGCAGGACUUAUCCCAGCAGACCGGGCAGGCCCUUAGUGGCUCCGCCCCCAACAUGCAGCUCAGCCAGUCACAUCACUCCCUCUCUGCUCUCCUCCAAUCACCAUCCGCCAUGACCCACUCGCCCUCUGCUGUGAGCCAAUCAAAUCACAGAACAACCCUAAGUCCCUCCCCUGUCUCAUCAAGGUCCUGCCUAGACCCCGCCUCCUUCUCCCGUCAACUUGACGACCUGUCAAUCAGCCCCUCCCCCUCGCCGUCGCCUUUGUCUCGCCUCCCAAAGUCCAACUUCCUGUACGAUCACAAGAGUAACGACCUGUCAAUCAACACGCAGUCCUCAUCAUCAUCAUCCCGUCACUUCCUGUCUGACCCUCCAAUCACGGCUAAGAGGAAGUUGUUGUCUAAGAGCCACCCGGCGCGCUCCCACACCUACUUCCCCUUCCGCCUGCAGAGUGACGUGGCCGGCAUCCAAUCAGCAUCGCAAGGCGUCUACACCUCCCUCCCCCAGAGCGAGCUAGCCGCCGCCCCCUCACUCGCCCUCGCGCUGCCAUUGGCUCCCAUAGGCUCCGGGUCCGCCCCUGUGCGUUCGCCCAGUCGGGAGCCCAAGCCCAGCGUCAGACGCAUCUUCGUGGAGCCAUGCGAGUCUUCGCAACAAGCCACUCCCACUCACCCUCGGCAGCUCAAGCCUAUUGGGUCGCCCGCUAGAGGCGGGGCUGGGGGCGGGGCUUCGAAACAGGAAGUGGUGCAGGAAGUGGACUCUGAUGAGCAGACGGACGAGCAGGUGUCAGAGAUCCUCAGCAGCACCCUCUAGGGGCCAGCAGCCGUCUGAACGCACACAGUCCAUUGGCUGGAUGUGGUCUAUUGAUGAAAAUGAAGACAUGUGAUAGGCCAGAUGUGGUCAUGUGAUAAGAGUGAAGACAUGUGAUAGGCCGGAUGUGGUCAAGUGAUGAGACUGAAGGCGUCUGAUUGGCAGACCUGUGCUCGUGGGACCCGUCAUGUGAUCAGGCUGAGCAUGCCUAAUUGGUUUGAACUGUGGUCACAUGAUCAGACUGGAGCUGCAUGAUUGGUUGUGCUGCGGUGAAGUGAGCAGCUUGCUGCCUCUAGUGGACACACGCUGGACACCACAUGACCUGUCAUGACACUAAACACUGGACUUAUGACAUGGCUGAACUGUAAUCAUGUGAUGAGACAGCAGACAUCUUAUUGGUUGACCUGUGUAGUGGACACGCACUGCCAUGUGAUCGCACAGGACACGCUUGAUUGGUUGAAUGUGGUCAUGUGAUGAGACUGGAGAUAUCUGAUUGGGUUGGCCUGUGGUCGACUGAGCAGGAAGCACAUGUCCAAUUGGUUCACCUGUGGUCACGUGAUCUGUCAUGUGAUCAGACUGAAGAAAUCCGAUUGGUUGAGCUGUGGACUCGCACUGCCAUGUGAUGAGAAUAGAUACCCCUGAUUGGACAAUCUGUGCUCAUGUGACCUGUCAUGUGAUCAGACUGAACAAGUCUAAUUGGUUGAACCGUGGUCAUGUGAUGAGACUGGACACUGCUAAUUGGUUGGAACUGUGGUCACGUGAUCAGAUUGGAGCUGCAUGAUUGGUUGUGCUGUGGUGAAGUGAGCAGCUUGGACAAGCAUGAUGGCAUUCAUUCAUAUGCCCAGAUUCAAAACGCCCGAUUGGUUAUCCUUUGUGUCACGUGAACGAACUACAAACUCACACGGACACAUGAUUGGUCGCCCUGAGGUCAGGUGAUUGAUCAUGUGACUGCUGUGAUUGUGUAGAGAUAGCGCCCCACGAUCCACUUAUCAUGCAACAUGACUUUUGCAAAAGCAAUCAUCUCCUCCUGAAUUACACUCUGAUAACUACAGUUCUAAUGAUUGUCAUGUGAAACUGCUCUGGAGUGCAUUUCUCGAAACCAUAGUUGCUAACCACGUUGCAUUUUCCCAUUGACAACUACCCAAGUUGCUAACUGGCUAACAACUACACUUUCGAGAAACGCACCGCUGUGUUGUGACUGGACCUUAAGUUGGCCCAAAAUUCAAGUCUUUCACGGGGCACAAAAUUUCUGGCAGCUCCCCUACCCAUAAUGCAAUGCAGAAUCGGAAUCUGUGUCCCAUAGGAAAGAGUAGUGUCGUGCUAUGUAAAGUGGAAUUCAGAAAAGAGUAGUGUCGUGCUCUGCAGAGUGGAAUUCAGAAAAGAGUAGCGUUGUGCUAGCCUGAUUAUCAUUGACUUUCAAAUCUCUUCGAGACUUGGUCUGACCAACAGCAUAACAAUUAACAUUUCCCAAACGGCAUUUCCCAAAUGGCCUCCCUUGGUUUACUAAUGAUUUUUUGCUUCCCAACAAAGUGGGAGGAGUUCCCGUAUUUGAGGGAACUCAGAAAAUACUUGCAUUGACUCUUAACCUGACUGGUAGCAACGCUGAAGCUGUUGCGUCACUAGGAGGGCACGACCUGGCUAGUGUUGUGCUAUGUGAAGCUGAGUUCCCAUCCUAUUGUGCUAUUGCCACGUUUAUGUUGCUUGAUAAGUCGAUCACGGCCAUAAGUGUUGUCAUGGGUACUAUAGCCCCUCCCCCCACCAAGGCAUGUUGUAUGGCACUGCAUCUUACUAUGGAGCUUUCAAAACUAACUAACUAAUGAACUUCAAUGCAAACAACACAAAGACUGUAAAUACAAACAGCGUAACAACAGUAAAUACUAAACUAUGUAACGAGGGAAGUUGCUGGUCAACUCAUCUGAGAUUCUCAAACACCAUGGCAACGACUGUUAUACAUGUUCAUCAAUGCAACAACACAUCUAAACACACACACACACACACACACACUAAUGCUGUCUGCCUGUCUGUCUGUCUGUCUGUCUGUCUGUCUGUCUGUCUGUCUCUCUCUCUCUCUCUCUCUCUCUCUCUCUCUCUCUCUCUCUCUCUCUCUCUCUCUCUCUCUCUUUCUAAUGCUCUCUCUCUGUCUCUCUCUGUCUGUCUCUCUCUUUUUAAUGCGCUCUCUCUCUCUCUCUCUCUACUUCUCACCAUACGUUGACAGCAGAAGCAGCUAUGGAAUUAAAACAUGCGGACAUAUUGUUGGCUUUACUUUAAAUGGGGACGAGUGACAAACGCUACAGGGAACUGAAGUCCAACGACUAGAAUUGAAUGUUUGAAUGUCUCAUAUCACACAAGUGACUGGAGGUAUGUGAUUGGUUGACCUAUGGUCGACUGGGCACAAAGCACAUGUCUUAUUAGUUCACCUAUGGUCACGUGAUAUGUCAUGUGAUCAGACUGAAGAAAUCUGAUUGGUCCAGAAUUUAAUGUUUGAAUAUCUCACAUCACACAAGUGACAAAAGUGAGCUGAAAAUGGCUUUAAAAGCAGGGGUGUCAAACUCAAAUUAACAGAGAGGUCUAAAAUCAAAAUCUGGAACGAAGUCACAGGCGGAACGCAAUAUUUAUUUUUAAAAAUGGACGAAAAAUGGGUGUGCUUGCACUUAAUACUCAUAGUUAAAUAUCACACACACACACACACACACACACACGUUCAUAUACCGUAAGGUAGUUCAAAUGUGUCUUCACAUAUUGUGCCUGGGCCCGUCAUAUUCCUGUAACACACCCAAUUUCAUGUUCAAGUCUUGUUAUGCUAAAAAAUGAAUGGUGUAUGUGGGCCAACUGUAAUACGUAUUUGAAAUGAUCUCGUGGGCUGAAUAAAAUGACUCCGUGUGACAGAUUUGACCUGAGUUUGACGUCCCUGUUUUACAGUGUUAGUCACUCCUGAUGUGAACACACACAUACAGACACACACACACACACACACACA